AUGGUUCUAACACCAUUAGUUCAUUGUCGGCUACCAGUUAGUUUUCAUUCAUUACUUUUAUCAUCCAUAUUUAUAUCACGUUUCCUAGAAAAAUCACUUACUUAUCUAUCUACCACCUACCUGUUGCCGUCUGGAUAUCGUCGAAAGCGGGGCGUACAGAGUUUCAGCAACCGUCAACAAACCUCCAUUCAGCUGACAGCAUCAAUAGAUGCUACUCAAAAUUCUAUUUCGAUCUUUGGUAUGACCUUGUCAGUUGGCAAUGGUAUGAAAGGCCGUCGCCGUCGCGACAUUCAAUGUGAUAGAACUACUCGUUCAGGUAAUGCUAUUGUUUUUGGAAUUGAAUUGCGCUCUCCACCAACGGAACCAUGUCAAACGUUGAUUUGUCAAAUCAAUCUGUUUAAAAGUAUUCACAAUAGUUUUAAUACUACAUCAAAUGUUGUCAUCACGGCGGACGAUGGAACUCCUCUGAACUUAGAACUUUGCCAGGUUAAAAAUCUUCCAGAUGGCAAUGCUCAAACUGAUGAUAAGCCUAUCGUUAUCAACGAUGGUGAGUACUUCGUUUCUGUCACUAUUUUCCGUGAAAUUGCACCGAUCAGCAUGAAAUAUGUCACUAGUAGUACCAAUACUGUUUUACAAUCAACACAAACAUCUACAACACUAGUCAGCACAUAUACAAUGACGUCAACAGUAUCCACAACAAUGACAUCAACUAUUCUAAACUGCAAUAGUGCUACUUGCUGUCAUGCUAAUAGUUCUUGUGUUUCUUGUAUUUAUAAUGGUGUUUCGGCUUUUUGCUACCAUGGUGGGCUUAUGAAUGCCACUACUUCUGGAGUAUAUAAUACUAGCAGUCUUAGCCAGUGUAAUCUGGAUGUGAAUAAUGGUUAUAAUGCCUAUAAUUAUGCUGUUGCCGUUUGCUGA